UAUUACUAUCAUUGUGUGCUGUGUUAAUGAAGGAAGGUAAAGUAUGGGGGUUUUAAGGAAGUCAAAUAAGGAAUGUGGAAUGUGGAAUGUGGAUGUAUGUAUUUUAGUUACAGUGAGUGGAGAUACAGCAAGGAUCCAUCAACGAACACCGUCCAAUUGAAAAUAACACUCUUUCUUCCCUUUCUUUCUUUAUGCCCUAAAAAUGUAAAAGCUGCUGAUUAUGAUUCGCAAUAUCCCCCAUUGGACUCAAUUUAUAUACGUCGGUAAUAUUCUCAUUUUCAGUAAAACUUCAAUUCACAUUUCGAUUCUUCAACCCACUUGAUCCUAUUAUUAUAUCCCCACUUCAUGAUCUGCUGUUUUUCACACUUCUUUGAUAUCUUCACUCAACACCGGUCGUCAAAUCAGAAUCAGUCCCUGUGUUGUACCUCUCUAUUAAUUGCUCCGGUGCCGGCUCCGUUGAGGUCUGGUCUGGAGUGAGAUGAGAGUGUGAGCUGCUUUCCAUUAUAAAAGUAUAAACACACUCUCUUUUGUAUUUGACAAUCGGAAAGCCCACAGAAAGUCGGUUUUUUGUAUUUUUCUGUUAGGGUUUUGAUCAAUUUAAAUCUUUUAAAUUCAGAAUUCUCUCUCUUCCUCUCUCUCUUGUGUUUGUUUGUGUCUGCCUGUCUAUAUAGAGAUAAUCACGCAGAGGAGAGGAAGAAUACAAACAAGCUGAGAGGAGAGAGAGAUUUGAAGGUUUUGUUGUUCAUAGAGGAUGAGGGUGUUGUUUGUCUUCAUUUGCUAAUUUCCUGCUAUUGCUUUGGUCUCUUUCUUUACAAAACCCCCAUCUGUAAGAAUCAGCGCCACAUGGUAAAAUGCUCUUGCCACGAUUUGAAAGCUAUCUCACUAUUAAACUACUCACUGUAUCAUCGUUUUGAUUCCAAUUGCAAUUUCAAUUGAUGAUUCCUACGAAACUCAUGGGUUCUGACAAGGAUUUGAAGGUCUUAGAGAACAGUGCAACCGUGUUCAAUUUGGCGUUGGUGGUUUUAUCUCUUCUGAUUGUAUUGGUGAGGAAGAUUGCGGUUUAUACUUGGCACACUAGAGUUACAAAGGAGGAAGCUGAUGAGAUUGGGAGUAGGGUUUCUGCAGUAGAAACUCAAUUUCUCAAUGUCGAAAUCGGUAAAGUUUAUAAAGCAUCAGUCUGUUGUUGCUUUUAUGUUCUCCUUCUACAGGCUGUGGUUUUAUGUUAUGAUGGUGUUUGUUUAAUUACAAAAUCUGCACAAGGGGAAAAGGGUGUGAGCUUGGAACCUCUGUUCUUGCCCGCAUCACAGUUUUUCGCUUGGUUCGUUUUGAGUUUUUCAACACUUAGUUGUAAGGUUAAGAGCCUUGAAAGACUUCCAUUACUUAUAAGGGUAUGGUGGGUUACCUCUUUUAUGAUCAGUUUACUUACCCUUUAUCUUGAUGGGAAAGAAUUUGCAAUUGAAGGGCUUGAACGCUUGAAAAACUCCCAUCUUCUAGCUAAUCUUGCAGCAAGCCCAGCUUUGGGAUUCCUGUUUCUUCUUGGUCUGAGAGGCGCUACUGGCAUACACAUCAUUAGAGGUUCGGGUCUUCAAGAACCAUUGCUGGUUGAAGAAGAUGCAGGGUGUCUGAAAGUGACACCAUAUAGUGAGGCUGGUAUCUUCAGUUUAGCCACAUUAUCAUGGCUAAAUAAUCUUCUUUCGAUUGGUGUAAAGAGGCCACUCGAGCUUAGAGACAUCCCACUUCUUGCUCCUGAAGAUCGCUCUAAGUUCAAUUACAAGAUCUUGAACAUAAAUUGGGAACGUUUAAAGGCUGAAAAUCAAGCUUCAUUAGCUUGGGCUCUUCUUCGAUCAUUCUGGAAAGAAGCUGCCAAGAACGCGAUUUUUGCAGGGUUAUACACACUUGUCUCAUACGUAGGCCCUUAUAUGAUAUCCGAUUUUGUUGAUUACUUGGGUGGAAUUGAGCAUUACCCUCACGAAGGGUAUAUCCUUGCUGGUGUCUUCUUUGUAGCAAAACUGAUUGAAACUUUAACCACACGCCAGUGGUACCUUGGUGUUGAUAUUUUGGGAAUGCAUGUGAGAUCAGCUCUCACAGCCAUGGUUUACAGAAAGGGACUCAGGCUUUCAAGUUCAGCUAGGCAAAGUCACACCAGUGGUGAAAUCGUAAAUUACAUGGCUGUUGAUGUACAAAGGGUAGGUGAUUAUGCGUGGUAUCUCCAUGACAUAUGGAUGUUACCAAUGCAGAUCAUUCUUGCCCUUGCAAUUCUUUACAAGAGUGUUGGUAUUGCCUGUAUUGCAACCUUAAUUGCAACCAUCUUAUCUAUAGUUAUAACCAUCCCUCUAGCACAAGUCCAAGAGCUCUACCAAGAUAAAUUAAUGGCUGCAAAAGAUGACAGAAUGAGGAAAACAUCCGAAUGCCUUAGAAACAUGAGGAUUCUGAAAUCACAAGCAUGGGAAGAUAGGUAUAAGGUGAGGCUGGAAGAAAUGCGAAGUGUUGAGUUUAAGUGGCUCAAGAAGGCUUUAUAUUCUCAGGCUUUUAUCACUUUCUUUUUCUGGAGCUCACCUAUCUUUGUAGCUGCGGUUACUUUUGGAACAUCAAUCUUGAUUGGUGGACAGCUUACAGCUGGUGGUGUUCUUUCAGCUUUAGCCACAUUCCGGAUUCUUCAAGAACCUCUUAGAAAUUUCCCUGAUUUGGUUUCCAUGAUGGCUCAGACGAAAGUCUCGCUUGAUAGAAUCACAGGGUUUUUACAGGAGGAAGAGUUACAAGAAGAUGCAACAAUUGUAUUGCAACGAGGCAUGUCAAAUGUGGCAAUAGAAAUCAAGGAUGGUGAAUUCCAGUGGGACUCAUCUUCUCCAAGGCCCACAUUGUCUGGUAUUCAGAUGAAGGUGGAGAGAGGGAUGCGUGUGGCGGUUUGUGGCAGUGUUGGGUCUGGGAAAUCAAGCUUUCUUUCUUGUAUUCUUGGUGAAAUCCCAAAAACAACCGGUGAAGUUAGAAUAUGUGGAUCUGCAGCUUAUGUAUCUCAGUCAGCAUGGAUACAAUCAGGAAAUAUAGAAGAAAAUGUGUUAUUUGGUAAUCCAAUGGAUAAGGUCAAGUACAAGAGGGUACUUCAUGCGUGUUCAUUGAAAAAAGAUUUGGAGCUUUUCUCACAUGGAGAUCAAACCAUCAUUGGUGAUCGAGGUAUAAACUUGAGUGGUGGUCAGAAACAAAGGGUGCAGCUAGCAAGGGCGCUUUAUCAAGAUGCUGACAUUUAUCUACUUGAUGAUCCAUUCAGUGCUGUUGAUGCACACACGGGUUCAGAACUUUUCAAGGAGUACAUACUGACAGCAUUAGCUACUAAAACAGUAGUUUUUGUGACUCACCAAAUUGAAUUUCUGCCAGCUGCUGACUUGAUUCUGGUUCUUAAAGAAGGUCAAAUCAUUCAGGCUGGAAAAUACGAUGAACUUCUGCAAGCAGGAACCGAUUUUAACACAUUGGUUUCAGCCCACCAGGAAGCAAUUGAAGCUAUGGAUAUCUACAAUCACUCAGACGAUGAGUCAGAUGAUAACCAUGGUUUGAUUAAGAACUGUGAGUCAGUUGUAAGCAGCAUAGACACUACUACAGCAAUGGUUCCAAACGAAAGCACAUCCGCUUCAGACAAAAAAGCCAUCAAAGAAAAAAAGAAAGCAAAACGUUCACGAAAAAAACAACUGGUUCAAGAAGAGGAAAGAGAACGAGGGAAAAUCAGCAUGAAAAUUUACCUCUCGUAUAUGGCUGCAGCCUACAAAGGCUUAUUAAUCCCACUUAUCAUCAUUGCGCAAACUCUAUUUCAAGUCCUUCAGAUUGCUAGUAACUGGUGGAUGGCUUGGGCUAAUCCCCAAACAGAAGGGGACACAGCUAGGGUUAGUAAUUUGGUCCUUAUCGCGGUUUAUAUGGCCCUUGCUUUUGGGAGCUCCUGGUUCAUAUUUGUUAGGGCUGUUUUAGUAGCUACAUUCGGUCUAGCUGCUGCACAGAAACUGUUUAUGAAAAUGCUUACGAAUGUGUUCAGGGCACCCAUGUCAUUCUUUGACUCAACUCCAGCUGGACGUAUACUAAAUCGGGUGUCUGUUGAUCAAAGCGUUGUGGAUCUUGACAUUCCCUUCAGACUUGGUGGAUUUGCUUCAACAACAAUCCAGCUUCUUGGUAUAGUCGGGGUGAUGACUCAGGUGACAUGGCAAGUGUUGCUUCUAAUUGUCCCAAUGGCAAUUGCUUGCUUAUGGAUGCAGAAGUAUUACAUGGCUUCAUCGAGGGAGUUGGUGAGGAUUGUUAGCAUACAGAAAUCUCCAAUUAUUAAUCUUUUUGGAGAAUCGAUUGCUGGAGCAGCCACAAUUCGGGGUUUUGGACAAGAAAAAAGGUUCAUGAAGAGGAAUCUUUAUCUUCUUGACUGCUUUGCUCGCCCCUUCUUCUGUAGUAUUGCAGCUAUUGAAUGGCUUUGCUUACGCAUGGAGUUGAUUUCAACAUUUGUAUUUGCUUUCUGUCUUGUUUUGUUAGUCAGUUUUCCACGUAAAGCUAUAGAUCCCAGUAUGGCUGGGUUGGCUGUGACUUAUGGGCUUCAAUUGAAUGCACGUUUAUCAAGGUGGAUACUUAGCUUUUGCAAGCUUGAAAACAAGAUUAUUUCCAUUGAAAGGAUUCAUCAAUAUUGCCACAUUCCAAGUGAAGCUCCCCCAAUCAUUGAAGGAAACCGUCCCCCGCCCUCAUGGCCUGUCGAAGGAAAAAUUGAAAUCAUAGAUUUGAAGGUCCGUUACAAGGAGAGUUUGCCAGUGGUGCUGCGGGGAGUGACAUGCGAAUUCCCGGGAGGGAAAAAGAUCGGGAUCGUUGGACGUACGGGAAGCGGUAAAUCAACUUUGAUUCAGGCGCUAUUUCGACUGAUUGAACCAGAAAGCGGGAGAAUUAUUAUCGAUAAUAUUGAUAUUUCCACUAUUGGCCUUCAUGAUCUACGAGGCAGACUUAGUAUCAUACCACAAGAUCCUACCUUGUUUGAAGGCACCAUUAGGGGUAACCUUGAUCCCCUUGAAGAACACACAGAUCAAGAAGUUUGGGAGGCACUUGAUAAAUCUCAACUUGGAGAUACGGUUCGUGAGAAGGAGCAAAAGCUUGAUGCACCAGUUCUUGAAAAUGGUGAUAAUUGGAGUGUGGGUCAGAGACAGCUUGUGUCACUGGGGAGGGCUUUGCUAAAACAGGCACGCAUCCUGGUGCUUGAUGAAGCAACUGCUUCUGUGGAUUCAGCAACUGAUAAUUUAAUACAGAAAAUCAUCCGAAUGGAAUUUAAAGACUGUACUGUUUGUACAAUUGCUCAUCGCAUCCCCACUGUAAUCGAUAGUGAUCUUGUCCUUGUUCUUAGCGAUGGGCAAGUUGCAGAGUUUGAUUCGCCAAUCCGGCUAUUAGAAGAUAAAUCAUCAAUGUUUUAUAAGUUGGUAACAGAAUACUCAUCUAGAUCAAAUGGUAUCCCAGACUAUUCAUAAUCAUACAAAUGUCAACUUGGAAAGGAAUAUACACACCCUUUGACACAAAUCAAAUGGGGGACCAUGGACCAUGGCACGUGCACGGGCCCACCUCAAGCUUAUGUUGACCAAAGUCAAAUCAAUGAGGUACCCCGUGCCCGUGCCAAAAUGGUACAUUCUAAAGAGCCGAGUCUAUGAAUCUUGUGAGUGAUUCGCAUGUUGUUGACAUAAUUUUGUAACAUAAAAUAAACCUGGACUAGAAACAAAGUUGGAAUUUUUUUCGGUAAUAAUAAUUAGUGAAAAGAAGCAUUUAGCAACGAUCUAUUUUUGUUAUAUUACUAAUGAUUUUGCUGACCUUUUGACUUUUAAGUCCAAAAUCUAAUUUAAGGGAUAUUCAUAUGCCUUUAAACUUAAUAGAACCUGUAACAGCAAUUGGGUAGGGUUUGUUAGAAUUUGGAAAUGCCAAUAGUCAAGACUUCAUUUGAAUAGUAGCAUGGUCAUAGUACAUAAGGAUGAGGUUUUACAAAGCAAACAACAUUGGACUUGCAAUGUGGUGUUGAUUUGGGUCAUGGAAAUUUCUGGCAUCUCUUGUUCAUUAUAAUUUUGCAUAAUUAUUUAAUAUAUUUUAGAGUAGUUUCUUCAUUCAUGUUCGUAUAUUUGGUAUUUUAUAGAAAGAUGCUCCAUUUUUUUUGGUGGGUUUGGGAACAUAUUCAAAACAUAAUUCAU